UCAGGGAAAAAUAAUGCCAAAACUCGCAAUCGAAAAGACUGGCAGUGAAAGCAAAGAAACAGACAUCGAAAGCAAAUAUACAGGUAGCGUAACCAAAAGAUUACACAGCUUCUAUCAGUUGCACCUUACUGGCGGCAUAAUUUCAGUUUCUGAGGGACAACUACGACACCGUCCUCACAGCCUAGAACCAGAUCUGGAUCCAAAAUUAUGCUUUCACUUCAACUCAAGCUGAGCUACAGAAAAUGAACAGCUAUGAAGGCUGUGGUUAAGGACCAACUGGAGAGAGACUACAUGAAACUUGUCGCGUCCAAGUACCAGUCAGAGAGGCAACACAGAGACCUUGCUGCUUCUCAUAACCAAUUAGAGAGUAUGAAGGCCUACUGACAUCCAACAACAAAUUGCAAAAAAACUAUAGACCUGACAGCAUCUAAAAACAACUACAGAGAGAGAUAAAAGAUCUCACAUGAACCAGGGAACGUCACAGUGACAACCCCUGAACAUCAGUGCAGCUUAACGCCUCGAUCACACCAACGCGUCAUUGCAUUUUGGUACACCAGAAGUACAUUCAUUUCCAAUGGAAUGCUGCGUUUGCCUUCCAGCAUUGUAGAGGCAGUUGUAGUGCGUUUUGUGUGGUGCAUACGGUGGAUUUAUCCAAUACAUGCAUCAAACUGUAUGCCUAGACGGCUUGACAGAAAUGGUAGCAGAAGGUAAAUGUUGAACUUUUGUUGCAAACAUAUCCAGAUGAUGCUGAAUGAAUGUGUUCUCAUGUGUGUGUGUCUGUGCGCGUGUGUAAGUGUUUGUGUACAUCAUCGCCUCACACACCUUGUCUUAAGGGCUGGAAGAUUCUCUCCUCCAGGUGUUACUUCUUCUCCACUGAGAGGAGGAGCUGAAGCAGCGGUCGGGUCGACUGUGUUCAACAGGGCGGAGACCUGGUGGUCAUUAGUCCAGAGGAACAGGUAGAAAGAGUGCUGUGAGUGUGAGGGGAGAGAGUGUGUGCCUCCACCCUUCUCGGAGCUGGAGAGAAGAGACCUGCAGCAUCAUGUCUGGAUGGAUCUGUGAGAGCCCAGUGCUCAUACGGUCAUAAUUUGUAUUUUACCUUUAUUUAACCAGGUAGGCCAGUUGAGAACAAGUUGUCAUUUACAACAGCGACCUGGCCAAGAUAAAGCAAAGCAGUGCGACACAAACAACACAGAGUUACACAUAAACAAACGUACAGUCAAUGACACAAUAGAAAAAAAUCUAUAUACAGUGUGCAAAUUAGGUCAAAUUAGGGAGGUAAGGCAAUAAAUAGUCUGUUGUGGCAAAGUAAUUACAAUUAAUUAAUGUGAGUCUGGAAGGAGUGUUUAUAGUCUAACCAGACACCUAGGUAUUUGUAGUUGUCAGAACCGUCCAGAGUAGUGAUGCUGGAUGGGCGGGCAGGUGCAGGCAGCGGUUGAAGAGCAUGCAUUUAGUUUUACUUGCAUUUAAGAGCAGUUGGAGGCCACAGAAGGAGAGUUGUAUGGCAGGUUAGUUAGUUAGGAGGUUAGUUAACACAGUGUCCAAAGAAGGGCCAGAAGUAUACAGCAUGGUGUCGUCUGGGUAGAGGUGGAGCAGAGAAUCACCAGCAGCAAGAGCGACAUCAUUGAUGUAUACAGAGAAAAGAGUCACCCCGAGAAUUGAACCCUGUGGCACCCCCAUAGAGACUAUCAGAGGUCCGGACAACAGGCCCUCCGAUUUGAUACACUGAACUCUAUCUGAGAAGUAGUUGGUGAACCAGGCGAGGCAGUCAUUUGAGAAACCAAGGCUGUUGAGUCUGCCGAUAAGAAUGUGGUGAUUGACCGAGUCGAAAGCCUUGGCCAGGUCGAUGAAUACGGCUGCACAGUAUUGUCUCUUAUCGAUGCCAGUUAUGAUAUCUUUUAGGACCUUGAGCGUGGCUGAGGUGCACCCAUGACCAGCUCGGAAACCAGAUGGCAUAGCUGAGAAGGUACGGUGGUAUUUUAAAUGGUUGGUGAUCUGUUUGUUAAGUUGGCUUUCGAAGACCUUAGAAAGGCAGGGCAGGAUGGGUAUAGGUCUGUAACAGUUUGGGUCUAGAGCAUCUCCCCUUUGAAGAGGGGGAUGACCGCUGCAGCUUUUGCCAUAUAGACACACAGAACACAUUUAUAUGUAGCCUUAAAAUCCUCCAAUAAAAUAAAACAUUAAUUCUCGAUGGGACGUGAUUUCUUGUGGUAAUAGCAUAGCGGUGCUGGUCAUAGUACAAAGUGAAAACAACAGGAUAUUUAUUAGAUAUUCCGGGAAAAUAAUCUGAUAGGUCACUAUACUGUCAUCAGCAAUACUGCCUCAUUCACAUUCUUCAUGUAUACAAUUAGUAGGUCUGACAACAGCAUCUUCGUCUCUUCGCUACCUACCCACUGUUGUCCUCCUCAUCAUGGCGGUAGAUCACUGCCAACAUGUCUUAAAAAAAAACGUCUGGCCAAUGUGCAUUGGGAAAGGAUAGCCAGCUAGCUUGUUAACAAUGGCAACCAUGCGUCGUCCAAGGUACUCUCUCCGAGACUCUCUGUAUUGGGAUGAGACUGAGUGCCUGACGUACUAUGGGAUGCUCUCUCUACACGAGAUGUUUGAAGUUGUCGGUUCUCAACUGACAGAGACAGACGUUGAGGUGCUGUCGUUCCUCUUGGAUGAGACCUAUCCGGCUGGAGGGCACCCCUUGGACCCAGCUGGCUGGACCAGCGAGCCCUGUGAGGAAGACCCUGAGGCCAGUAAAGGAGUCUCCCCCAGCCCAGUGCUCCUGGAGGCCUGGCGGCGGUUACAGCCCAAGGUUCCUGCUUUGGCCUGCCCUACCGCUGCCCGCCACAAGCCCAAGAGUGGGCUAGAACUGCUGCUGGAGCUGGAGAGACGUGGGUACCUCAGUGAGGGUAACCUGGAGCCCCUGUUGCAGCUGCUGCGAGUCCUGACGCGACACGACCUCCUGCCUUUGGUGUCCCGCAAGAAAAGGAGGACAGUAUCACCAGAACGUUUCAGAGUGAACUACGGGACAGAGGACAAAAGACAGGUGUGCACAUCUGGACUGACUGACCCCUGUGCACAGACAGAAUCACAUGACGAACACGCCACCCAGCAAUGGAGGGGGGGUGUUGACUCUGCCAGGCCAACACCCGCCCCCCUACGGAAGAAGAGGGGUAAAGGCCGCCGCUGGACCAGCAAGCCCACCUCCCACAGGAGAAGAACGGGAAUCCCUGAAACUCCUCCCCCACCUAUACCUGAGAAAGUGACCUGCGACAUUCGUCUGCGUGUGCGAGCAGAAUACUGGGAGCAUGAGUCGGCUCUGCGCGGCGGCGUCUCCUCGGACAAGCAGCAGCCCCUGGAACGGCAGUUUGAGCUGUUCAGUCGUGCCACCUCCGUGCUGCGCGCCCGCGACCUGGGCUCCAUCAUCUGCGACAUCAAGUUCUCUGAGCUGGACAACCUGGAGGCAUUCUGGGGGGACUAUCUGAGUGGAGCGCUGCUAGAGGCCCUGAAGGGGGUGUUCAUCACAGACUCUCUGCGGAGGGCGGCGGGGAGUGAGGGGGUCCGGCUGCUGAUUAGUGUGGACCAGGAUGACUACGAGGAGGGUCGCAGACUGCUGCUGGACGCACAGGAACAACAGGCCGGCUGCUGGGGACGAGACAGACCCAACCUGAGAAAGCUGGUUAUGGACGUUCGGCUCUGACAGACAGACAGGCAGCUGUGCGAGGUCAUGAGCCCAAGGAUAGAGGAAUGAAAAGGAGAAUAAAAUAUGAAGAGGAACAUUUUUCUUUUUUCUCUCCUUUUUAAGUCUCUCAUGCUGAGAAUAGAGGAUACAGCCACUCCUAGGUCAGGGGAAUGAAUAGUCCCCAGGGAAAACAGCCAAACUUGAAGUGAAGGCAAACUGGACUAAAAGACUUGACACACUGUUCUGUUUGGAAUUGAUAACACAAGUUGUACUGAGCCUAGAUGCCCUCACGGCACUGAGGAAGAGACUGCCUCUGAGACACACACACACACACAGACACACACACACACACACACACAGAGAGAGAGAGAGAAACUAAACUUCCGCUGUAACACACACAAACUACCACUGUAUCUAACAUACACGCUCUGUAAAAUCAUCCACAUGAUGAACCAUUAGCACUGCCUAUAAGACUCAUUGAAGCCAAGAGACAUUUCUUGCUAACAGUGACAGCCCAGAUACCAACUAGACUGUGCGCUAAUGCUGAGCAUCUCUGGUUAUGUUUGAAGAGCGUGUGAGAUGCCCUGCAAGGCGAACUUCACCCAUCUUAAUAUUAGUUUGCGUUUCCAUUGAAAUGUAUGAUUUUGAAAAGAUGAGCGAGACUGCAGCUCUCAGACACCGAGGGAGAGAGGAUGGGGAAAUUACUAAAGCAUGAGAUUAUGUUUUUACCUUUUGGGAGAGAAUUUGAAAUAGAUGGCGAAGUGAAGACUACCUGAGGACAGUGUAGUGGACAAAUUGCUGGUCCUUCGAGAACUCGUCCACACACACACACACACCAUGAUCACAAGCCACUGGUAGUCCAAUCACUGUGCCAUGCUAACCCAGGGCCUGAUAGCUGUAGUCAGUGGCCAUCUCAUCUCAGAUGAUUGGAGUGAUUACCUCUCAUCCUCAGCCAACCAUGGAGAACUCAUCACAUCACCACAAGUUGUUGAACAGCAGCUGGGAAACACACGACUAGGCUGUGCUCACCCCGGUUUCCAGCAAGGCAAGGCCACUGCCUUUCCCAUUGGAACUGAAGCACAGGACAGUGCUUCAGUCAAUAAAACUGAUGUAGAGGAGAUCAAAAUCAGAAGGAUACAUCCUAGUUCCACUCAGCCCUGACUUGUAGGCCCCACUAGUGGCUCACAGAGCGCUGUCUGUCUCUAGUCUAGUCACCCUGGUGGAACUAAUGCCUGAACUCCUCUGAGUGGGAUCAAUAACCCCCUCUGUCUCUCCACCACCACCAUGGGAGGAGAAAGAGUAAGGGGGGAGAGGUAGGAGAAGGGGAAAGAGAGGAAGAGGGAGAAGGAUCCCCACCUCCAUCCCGCCUUUCAGCUCCUGGACAGCCACCUCAUCCUCUGGAGGAUAAGUCCCCUGAUACAACCAGGCUGCCUGGUCUGCUACUACAGCACUGUGUCUGGUUCACACAGCCCUAUGGGACCAGGGAUGGAGGACUAGGGAGGCACUCAGGAAAACCUUAGUAGUGUUUUGCUUUUUCCGUGUUUUGGUAUAUGGAUUCGUUAGUGUAGCUUUGUAUUGUCCAUAAGAGAAAAUAACAAAAAUACUGUGUGUUCUAGUUCAUUAACUUAGGGUGAACUUUUGUUUAAGUAUCUGGAUAUUUUUAUUUAGGCACUGCAAAAGUGCUGUAUAUUAGUUUAAUAUAUCAGUGGAAAGUUGGAUUUAUUUCAAAUAAAAAUAAAUGAUUUAUCAAAGGUUUAUUGCGUCUAUGAUGUACCCAUGCCUUCAGAACAUAUUCACACCCCUUGACUUUUUCCAUAUUUUGUUGUUACAACCUGAAUUUUACAUGUAUUAAAUUGAGAUGUGUCACUGGCCUACACACAAUACCCCAUAAUGUCAAAGUGGGAUAAUGUUUUUACAAAUGUAUUAAAAAUUAAAAGCGGAAAUGUCUUGUCCAUAAGUAAUCUGGAUAAGAGCGUCUGCUAAAUGACUUAAAUGUAAAUGUAAUCAACCCCUUUAUUAUGGCAGACCUACAUAAGUUCAGGAGUUAAACAAUAAAAAAUAAUUAUGCAAUUGAA